AUGGGAUUAUUUGGACCAGGACAGGAAAACACAAACUGUAAAACUAUGUCAAACCAUCUUUGCGAUUUCGUAACUUCUGUGAGUUUAAAGAUGCUACAAAGUGCUCGAGCAAAGGACAAUAGAGAAGGAAAUGCAGCUGUAGUUCCUGAUGGUGGCGCUAUUAAGGCACCAGCUCAAGGCGCAAUAGCUGGAACUUUUGAUCCAAACUAUCAGACUAUGGCUGGAUUAGGAAAUGAUGUUUUUGGUGCUGACAAAGGUGGCGCAGGUGCAGGUGGUGUUGGUGGUGGAGCUUCUCCUGUUGCACCACGUGUUAGCGGACCAAUAGUUCCAGUUCAAGGUGGCACUGCCGGAACCUACGAUCCAAAUUAUCAAACAAUGGCUGGUCUAGGCAAUGACGUCUUUGGAAAUAAAGGUGGUGGUGGUGUUCUUCCAGGUGGUGCAGGAGGUGCAGUACCUAAAGUUCCAGAGCAAGGCGGUAUAGCUGUGACAUUCAGCAUAUUGAACGUUCGACGUGGAGAUAUUGCUAGUCAAAUCACUCUUCAGAGUAAUCACUUCGCAGCUGUAAUUGAUGUGAAAGUGAUACGCACCAUAUUGCAUCGUCGUUUCCAGCAGCUGGUUCCCUACACCAUACAUCACAAUGCGAACACUGCAAUCAAUUGA